AUGUUUUACGUAACUAUAAUCAUACUCCAUUUAAUGACUGGCUUUAGUGCUAUAAUUAUGUUCUUAUUUACAGAAGAGUCUACAGCUGUAGAGAAGAAGAGGAAGCCUCUUACCAGACUGAAUAUUCAUUCUGCAUUCUGGAUUUUGGCAUCGAUUGCUGUGACAUACUACUUUGAUUUUUUUAAAACUGUUAAAGAAACUAUUCAAGCAGAUAGCUGGUGGUUUGCCUCUGGCAGUUGUUUAUUGGCUGCGUGUUUAUCUGUUGCCUUUUAUUGCAUCCUGUAUCUUGAGUGGUAUUGUGGAAUUGAGGACUACGAUGCACGGUAUCCAGCACUGAUACCUAUCACAACAGCUACAUUUAUUGCAGCAGCAGUUUGUUUCAACAUUGCCUUGUGGCCUGUCUGGUCGUUUAUGACACCCUUGUUGCUCUUCAUACAGUUUAUGGGUAUUGUGAUGCUUGUGUCACUCCUGGGAUAA